AUGAAUUCCAGGCAAGAAAAUCUGCCUGCUGGUGUCAUGAGCUUCUGGAUUGGUCAGACGAUGGAUGCUCUCAUGCCGACGACUAUCCUGACGGAAAUAACUUCCUUCCUAGCUGCCAAAGACAUGACUUCGGCUAUCGCAACUAUGGGAGGCAGUCUCGCUGCAGCCGUGAAAACAGAGUGA